GCAUAGCGAAGACGCAUGAUUUGGCGUCGAUGCAAGUGGCCGGAGUGAGUGCAUAUAUACUAAUUCCAUCCAUGGCCUUCUUCUUCUUCUUCUUCUUCUUCUAUAUAUAUAUAUACAUAGAGAGAGCUUGAUGGAGCACUACUAAAACCACAUCCAAAGUGGCGGUUUUAAUUUGAUCUUUAAUUAGAUGGCCUCCGCAUCUGCUGCUGCUGCAGUAGUCAGCCUUCUCUACUGGUGUGCAUUUCUCCUCCUCCUCCUAUUCCUCUGCUCCACCAACAAUGGCAGCUACGCCUACGCAUAUAUUAAUAAUAAUAAUAAUAAUAAUAAUGGAGGACAAGGCCGCCACGACGCCCUUCAAAUUCAAACAACUUCUCUUCUUCGAGGCACUCCGUGGCAUUGCUCCCCUUCCAAUCCCCAAGGUAACCAGUACUACGACGACGAAGGGGCAUCGAUGAUGAGAGUGGUUCACCGUCAUGGGCCGUGCUCCAAGCUCAGCACCACCACUCAAAACACAACCAAUAUUCAUACUGCGCCCACUCGUCCCCCCCUCACUCGGAACAUUCUCUCUCUCGACCAAUCCCGCGUCGACUCAAUUCAAUCCAUACUUCGGCCCCACUCCAACCCGAACGCCAACGACGCCGACUUACCGGCGAAGUCCGGUCUCUUAAUCGGCUCCGCCAACUACAUCAUCACCGUCGGACUUGGUACGCCGAAACGAGACCUCUCUCUCGCGUUCGACACCGGCAGCGACCUCACCUGGACCCAAUGCAAGCCUUGUAUCAAAAGAUGCUACACACAGAAGGAACCAAUCUUCAAUCCAUCCCUCUCUAAAUCCUACAAAAACGUCAGUUGUAGCUCGCCACGGUGCUCUCAGCUCACCUCCGCCACCGGCAACUCGCACGAUUGCUCCUCCGCCACCUGCGUUUAUGGGAUACAGUACGGCGACCAAUCCUUUUCCAGUGGAUACUUUGCGGAAGAGACACUGAGACUAACUCCGACCGAUGUCUUCCCCAAUUUCCUCUUCGGCUGUGGGCAGGACAACGAAGGACUCUUCGAGGGGGCGGCUGGGUUGCUCGGACUCGGUCGCGAUCAGCUCUCCCUCGUUUCACAAACUGCUUCCAAAUAUGGAAAAUACUUCUCCUACUGUCUUCCCUCCAUUUCGAGCUCAACCGGACACCUGACCUUGGGAAAAGGGUCAACUCCGGAAAACCUAAAAUUCACCCCAUUUGCGAGAAAUCCGAGAGAGACGGAUUCAUUCUACUUCGUGGACAUCACAAAAAUCAGAGUCGGCGGGGUCACAUUGUCAAUCUCGCAAACGGUGUUCAAGCGUUCGAGGACUAUUAUAGACUCUGGCACCGUCAUCACCCGCCUCCCCCCCGUGGCCUACACCGCCCUUCGGACAACUUUCCGGAAACAAAUGAAGAAGUAUCCGCUGACAGAUCCCGUGUCCGUACUGGACACAUGCUACGACCUAAGCAAAUACAAAACAGUGUUGAUACCCAAGAUCAGUAUCUUCUUCAGUGGAGACGUGGAGGUGCCAAUCGAUCUGUCAGGCAUAAUGUACGCGGUAGAUGAGUCGCAGGCUUGCCUGGCUUUUGCCGGGAAUAGCCACGCCUCUGAUGUGGGUAUAAUGGGGAAUGCCCAGCAACAGACCCUGGAAGUGGUCUAUGAUGUUGCAGGAGGGAAGCUAGGGUUUGCUACGGGUGGCUGCUCUUAGGUUGAGAUUGCACUUGGAUAUGUCCGAUGCAUCUGGAACUGGAAGAAUACAACACCGAUCACUAUAUAUAUAUAUAUAUAGCUACUAGUGUUUUGUGUGUAUAUAUAUAUAUAUAUGUGUGUGUAUGUGUGUAUAAAGAAUAUCGGCCGUUUUGGAAGUUGGAACUAAUGGCAAAUUAAGGUCCCCUCCCCUCCCCUCCAUCUCCAACGGUCGAACUGAUACAACAUACUAAUUAGAAAUGUCGUUCGUGGUGGUGCCGUCUGUGUAAUAAUAUAUAGUCAGUAUGCAAUGCAUCGCAUCCACAUAUUAUUAAUUACUUCCCAUCUUAUCUUA